GAGAGUAGAAGAUAGCCUAAGGUCGAGCAGGCCAAGAUCACGGCAGGACAGGCCAAGGUGAUACCGCGCGUCCGUCGCAGUCGUCGCGUCCAAAAUAGCUGACGUCGCUUCUUGCCUUGCAACCACACAGAGCUGCUAAGAUUGUCACGACUCAAGCUUCUAUAAAGCCUUGCAAAGCAACUAUGGCAGCGCCAGGGAUCAGCUCGAAGCAGGCCGAUGCGGCGGUCGAGGAGAUCACGCCCAAGGCACUGGCGACACAAGUGAUGCAACUUGCUGGUGUUGUGCGUGCGCACACAAAGCGCUUGGUUGAACAUGGCGAGGAUAUUAUGCGUAUCGACGCGCGUGCUGUUGGACUCGACAGCAAGACCGGUGCACCCGUCAUCGCGAGCUCAGGUGGCAGCGGAGGUGUCGACGAGUCUGUCUUGGGCGAGCUUGUGCAAGAACUGCAGACCAAGUUGGACGAGCUCGAGGAACGGUCCAUCAGAAGAACGGCGAACACACACUUGAGCAGGCCGGGCGACGUAAUUGACUGGAUGCCCGGACCUGACCCUGAACAACAGGACCUACCAGCCUUCUUGCCAGAAACACUGGGAGCCUUUGAGAGUAUUGAGGUGAAGGCAUUGCUAGAGUGCAUGAAAUAUUACGGCCUUGCACACUACGAGGAGGGUAUGGAACUGCCGAAUCAAGAAGAGUAUAUCACUCUGUACAAUGAGUGCUCGCGCUUUCUUGGUCUGCGGAGUCGCAAGCGUGCUUGAUAGAAUAGAACGUACUUCGCAGGGUUGUUCCGAUCCGGCAGCUUAUACAAGAAGCUGUCCACUCAUGGGAAAGACCUUAUUAGUAGUCUUGAUCAUUACAAGGAAUAAUUGUGCAUGUAUGUUGGACUUUGCGUAGUUUCAGCUUUGAGUGGUACAACGA